AUGGCGAUUUCACCAAGCAAUUCUGAAGCCCUACUGCUCGGAGGCAAGAUCGAGACAUUUGCUGUCCCAGGCAGUCGAACCGUCCAUGGCAAGACCUUUCCACUAGGCAUCAGGCCGAAAGAUGACCAACAAUUCCAGACUGUAGAGUCUGCGGUUGAAUAUGUAAAAGAGCUAGCUAAAACUGGAGUUUUUGACCAGCUGCUUUCCCAGCACGGUACAAUUCUCUUUCGCCAUUUCCCGAUCCGCAACGCGAAAGAUUUCUCCUCCUUCGUCCGAGCCUUCAACUUGCCCCAGCCUCACAAAGAGAUCGGUCUCGCUGGGAUCAGGACCCUUGUGACAACGGAUGUCAAAACGGCGAACGAAGAGCCGCCAGAUGUCAAGUUUUACUACCACUCGGAAUACGGUCGCAGUGCACAUUUUCCGGCAGUUUUGUUUUUCUAUUCUGAGAUUGUGCCUCAUACGGGCGGCCAAACCCCGAUACUAUCGUCAGUUGAGCUCUAUGACCGCCUGAAGGAGGAAUUGCCAGAGUUUGUGAAAGAUUUAAGCGAUAAAGAAGUCCAGCACGCCAAAGUCGAAGCUGUCCUGCAAAAUGAUCUAAAGGCCGAGGCAGUAUGGCAACCAAACGGGGCACUACACGUUUUGCAACGUCUUCCAGCAAUUCGCAGAAUCGCCUCUACCGGCAAACCCACAUUUUUCAAUGGCUUCGCCGGAGUGUAUGGUCGAGCAAAGGACAACGCGGCACUAGCACCUCCAUACCGUGGCUUGGAUAAUAAAUAUCAUCUUCCCACUACCUAUGGUGACGGAUCACCUAUCCCGAAUGAAUAUCUUGAUCGUCUGCUAGACCUUUCGGAUGAGAUUGGGUUUCUUGUGCCAUGGCAAGAAGGUGAUGUUGCUUUUAUUGAUAAUUAUACCGUCCAGCAUGCCCGUUCACCUUGGGAAGGAAAACGAUCUCUGCUUGUUAGCCUCUGGGAUGGCAAUGAGAAAUUCGUACCCUUGUAA